AACUCUCACAAAGCCGCAGUUUCCAGAUUGAACCGAAAAGUUUAUGUUGAGGUCUACCCAACUCUCUUGAUUUAUCCAAACGGUUCAAUGGUUACAUUAAGGUAUAAAGAGCCAAGAAGAAUUAUUCAGUUGCCGUUAGAUUUGUCAACAUUGUCAGAAAAGGAGAAAUUAGCCAGGCAAUCUAAAAGAAAACCUAAAUUAACAGUUAUGAGCGAAAAUGAAAUCUUGGACUCUUUCGAUGUAAACAAAUACAGUUAUUUAUGGAAAAAAUAA